CAUGGUGGCUCGACCCACUUCUUCUCGACGCCAUCCGCAUCUCGUUCCAGCUUCUGUCUGUCUCCGCUUCUACCUUUUCUAUUGCCGGAUCGCGCUUGCCCUCGCUCUCUCCUCCAACAUGUUCAAGAAAUUCUCUUUUGAAGAUGUAUCUGCACAAAACCAAGUAAAGGCAUCUGUACAACGGAAGAUUCGCCAAAGCAUAGCUGAUGAGUAUCCUGGUCUGGAACCUUUGUUGGACGACAUGCUUCCUAAAAAGGUGCCUCUCAUUGUUGCAAAAUGUCAAAAUCAUUUGAAUCUUGUGGUGGUGAACAAUGUGCCACUAUUUUUCAACAUUCGUGAUGGACCUUACAUGCCAACAUUGAGGCUUCUUCAUCAAUAUCCAGAUAUAAUGAAGAAAUUUCAGGUAGACAGAGGUGCUAUUAAAUUUGUCCUAUCAGGUGCAAACAUAAUGUGUCCUGGACUCACGUCCCCUGGCGGAGCUCUGGAUGAAGAAGUAUUGGAGGAAACUCCUGUGGCCAUAAUGGCAGAGGGAAAACAACACGCUUUGGCUAUUGGAUUUACAAAAAUUUCAGCAAAAGAUAUAAAAUCUAUCAACAAAGGAAUUGCAGUUGACAACAUGCACUAUCUGAAUGAUGGCCUUUGGAAGAUGGAACGGUUCGAAUGAACUCGCCUGUUCUCCUAGAAGCAGCUGCAGCUGCUGCUGCUGCUGCUGCUGCUGAAGAGGCCGUUGGAACGUUUAUCCACCUUCGAUUUGGGAGGGAAUGCCCAAAGCAUUCCAAACCAGUUAUGCAAAUGCAACAUUUGUUAAUUCUGUCAUUGUUUACUUCAACUGACCUGUUAUUACACCUUACUUUUGUACUGUUCUUAGUUGAAUGUUCCAUAUGACAGACUCUAAAAACUGGCCCGUAGGUUAAAAAAAAGGGCCUUCUAUCA